GCAUUUGACGGACGAGGAGGAAGCAGCCACCCAACAGCCAGUGCUGUUUUGUCUGGUUCACUAAAAUGGCUGUUGUCGAGGAUGGGGAAUAGCCUGUGAGCCUUUACACGCAUAUAUAUAUAAGGCGAGGAUUGAGAUUGCUUUGUCGAAGUGUGGACCAACUAGCCGUAUCCGUAUUUCUUUAAAGACAGCUGCGGACGGCAGUGGGGAGCAGUGGCCAUGGAUACCACCACCUCCAUCAAGAUGACCACUCUGGCCAUCCAGAACCUCUUCAGCUACGUGGAGGAAGAGAACCUGGCGGCGCUCAAGGCCCACCUGGAUAAGUUCAAGGAGGUGGACGGCCGGAGCGAUAACGGACAGACUCCCUUGAUGCUGGCUUCAGAGCAGGGCAGCCUUGAGAUUGUACAGGAGCUCAUCAGGAGGGGAGCAAAUGUCAACCUGGAUGAUGUGGACUGCUGGUCUGCUCUGAUCUGCGCUGCCAAGGAGGGCCAUGUGGAUGUGGUGAAGGAGCUGCUGGACAACAGCGCGUACAUCGAGCACAGAGACAUGGGAGGCUGGACGGCAUUGAUGUGGGCUGCCUACAAGGGCCGUGUGGAGGUAACCAAGGUUCUCCUGGAGAACGGAGCAAAUCCCAACACAACUGGCCAGCAAUACAGUGUCUACCCCAUCAUCUGGGCAGCAGGCAGAGGCCAUGCAGAGAUUGUUCAUAUCCUGCUGGAGAACGGUGCCAAGGUCAACUGCUCUGACAAGUAUGGCACCACCCCUCUGAUUUGGGCAGCUAGAAAAGGACAUUUUGACUGUGUGAUGCAUCUGUUGGAGAACGGAGCUGACGUUGACCAGGAGGGGGCGAACUCCAUGACAGCCCUGAUUGUGGCAGUGCGGGGAGGAUUCACCGAGGUGGUGAAGGAGCUUCUGAAGAGGAACCCCAACGUGAACAUGACGGACAAGGACGGCAACACGGCCCUGAUGAUCGCCGCCAAGGAGGGCUACACCGAGAUCGUCCAGGACCUUCUGGACGCCGGCACCUAUGUCAACAUCCCCGACAGGAGCGGCGACACCGUGCUGAUUGGAGCCGUCAGGGGGGGCCACGUGGAAAUAGUCCGAGCUCUGCUGCACAAAUACGCUGACAUCGAUAUCAGGGGACAGGACAACAAGACGGCGCUGUACUGGGCUGUGGAGAAAGGCAACGCCACCAUGGUGAGAGACAUCCUGCAGUGUAACCCGGACACCGAGACCUGCACCAAGGACUCGGAGAGCCCUUUGAUCAGAGCCACUAAGAUGAGGAACAUUGACAUAGUGGAGCUGCUGUUGGAUAAGGGAGCCAAAGUGUCUGCUGUUGACAAGAGGGGCGACACUCCGCUCCACAUUGCCAUCCGUGGGCGGAGCCGCAGGCUGGCGGAGCUCCUCCUUCGAAACCCUAAAGAUGGCCGCCUGCUCUACCGGCCCAACAAGGCAGGCGAGACCCCCUACAACAUCGACUGCAGCCACCAGAAGAGCAUCCUCACCCAGAUCUUCGGAGCCCGCCACCUGUCUCCCUCCGAGUGUGACGGCGACAUGCUGGGUUAUGACCUGUACAGCAGCGCCCUGGCGGACAUCCUCAGUGAACCCACCAUGCAGCCGCCUAUCUGUGUGGGCCUGUACGCCCAGUGGGGCAGCGGAAAGUCCUUCCUGCUGAAGAAGCUGGAGGAUGAGAUGAAAACGUUUGCUGGCCAGCAGGUGGAGCCAUUGUUCCAGUUCUCUUGGCUGGUGGUUUUCCUGUCUGUGCUGCUUUGUGGCUCCGUAGCUCUGGUCCUGGGUUUCACGUUGGAUCCCCACCUGGCCGUAGCUGUGUCCCUCAGCCUGCUGGCUCUGCUCUAUGUCUUCUUCGUGGUGGUGUACUUCGGCAGCCGUCGUGAGGGAGAGAACUGGGCCUGGGCCUGGGUCAUCAGUACCCGUCUGGCCCGACACAUCGGCUACUUGGAGCUGCUGCUCAAGCUGAUGUUUGUCAACCCACCGGAACUCCCGGAGCAAACCACCCGAGCCCUCCCUGUCAGGUUCCUGUUCACGGACUACAACCGUCUGUCCAGCGUGGGGGGGGAGACGUCCAUGGCUGAGAUGAUAGCCACCCUGUCUGACGCCUGUGAGAGGGAGUUCGGCUUCAUGGCCAGUCGCCUCUUUAGGGUCUUCAAGACAGAGGAAUCACCAGGGAGGAAGAAGUGGAAGAAGACAUGCUGCAUCCCGUCCUUUGUCAUCUUCAUCUUCAUCCUGGGGUGCCUGAUGACGGGCGUGGCGGUCCUGGCCGUGUUCCGGGUGGACGGGGCCAGCCAGACGGCCAACGCUGUGCUGAUCUCCGUUGCCAGCGUGGUGGGUCUGGCACUGGUAGUCAACUGCAGGACGUGGUGGCGUGUGGCCGACUCUGUGCUCAACUCUCAGAGGAAGAGGCUGCACGGCGCCGCCAACAACCUGCACAAGCUGAAGAGCGAGGGUUUUAUGAAGGUACUGAAGAACGAGGUGGAGUUGAUGGCGAGGAUGGCGAAGACGAUCGACGGCUUCACUCAGAACCAGACGCGCCUGGCUGUCAUCAUAGACGGGCUGGACUCCUGUGAGCAGGACAAAGUUCUGCAGAUGUUGGACACGGUCAGGGUGCUGUUCUCCAAAGGCCCCUUCAUCUCCAUUUUCGCCAGUGACCCCCACAUCAUCAUCAAGGCCAUCAACCAGAACCUGAACAGCGUUCUCCGGGACUCCAACAUCAACGGCCACGACUACAUGAGGAACAUCGUCCACCUGCCCGUGUUUCUGAACAGCCGCGGCCUGAGCAGUGCCAAGAAGAUGUGUGCCCCCGUCCCCACCAACGGAGACACUGGGAACGCUGACGGUAAUCAGUACCAGUCGGACGGCUGGCACGAGGAGCUGGACAGGAAGCUAUCGCAGCACAGCAUCGGGGAGAUGACCAAGUUUGGCAGCAAGAGCACACUGAACCGACGGGAUACAUAUCGGCGGCGUCAGAUGCAGAGGACUGUCACCAGGCAGAUGUCCUUCGACCUGAGCAAGCUGCUUGUGACGGAGGACUGGUUCAGUGACAUCAGCCCCCAGACCAUGAGAAGACUCCUCAACAUCGUCUCUGUCACAGGUCGUCUGCUGAGGGCCAAUCAGAUUACAUUUAACUGGGACAGACUGGCGUCAUGGAUCAACCUGACAGAGACGUGGCCCUACAGGACGUCCUGGCUCAUCCUGUUCCUGGAGGAGACAGACGGAAUCCCAGACCAGGCUGCCCUCAAGACCAUCUACGAGAGGAUCUCCAAGAACAUUCCCACCACUAAAGACGUUGAGCCCCUGUUGGAGAUCGACGGGGACGUGCGAAGCUUCGAGGUGUUCCUCUCCUCUCGCACACCAGUCCUGAACGCCCGCGACAUCAAAACCUUCCUUCCUUGUACUGUCAACCUGGACCCCAAACUACGAGAGAUCAUCGCAGACGUGAGGGCCGCCAGGGAACAGAUGAGCAUGGGAGCGAUGACCUAUCCCAGCAUGCCGUGCCAGGAGGCCGCUCCCCGCCCGGCCUCCAUGUACAGCCAGCAGUCGGGCAUGUCGGGCUGCUCCCCGUCCGCCUCCUUCAACGGGCCCUUCAACCCUGCGGGAGUCGGACCUCCUCCACCCCACAGCAGCUACUACAGCGGCCUGGCCGGGCCCCAGCACCCCUUCUACAACAGGCCAUACUUUCCCCACCAUGUUUACCAGCUGCCGCGCCAAUACAUGGCCAGUUUCCCCGUUCAUGCACCUCCGCCACGCCCAUUCCCACUUAAAACUGGCUAUCUCCGGGAUCCAAGCAGUGGACUUCAGUUUAAGGUAGCGUCUUUGACAAAGAAGCAGGGUCCGGCAUCCGUGGUGUCUGCUGCCCCGGCCGUGCUGCUGAGCUCCAUGAACACCGACGCAGUGUGCGAACGCGUCAAACAGAUCGAUGGCAUCGACCAGAGCAUGCUGACCCAGUACGCAGCCACCAUCAAGAAGGCCAAUGUGAAUGGUCGAGUCCUGACCCAGUGCAACAUCGAUGAACUGAAGAACGAAAUGAAAAUGAACUUUGGAGAUUGGCAGCUGUUCAGGGGAACGGUGUUGGAGAUGCGUCACGUGGAGAGCCAGGUCCUUCACGAGGAGGCGCCCAGCGAGGUGGGCAGCAGUGUGGCCGGCCACGGGGAACUGAGGCGGGAGGUGGCGCCGCCCCACGCUGGCACUGCCAGCCUCGACGUCAACUCGCCCAUGUACAGCUUCAACCUGAGCUUCGAGGAGCUCAGCAACGUGGGUCUGGACGAGCCCCCCCGACACAGCAACAACACAUGGAUGGCCCCCACCCACCGCACCCCCAGCAUGUCCAGCCUCAACUCCCAGGAGUCGUCCAACGACAUCGUCAAGCUGACGGAGAAGCAGCAGUCGGAGUACCGCAGCGCCUACCAGGAAUACAUCGCCCAGAUGGCCACGCUGGAGGUGGCCGGAGGCGGAGGGGAGAAGCCGGUGCAGCCCCACCCCAACCAGUUCAUGACCCCUUCAGAGGACAAAGCCAAGGACAAGGCCGUCAUCAAGAGGGGCACCGCCAAGCCCGCCGCCGUAGACGCCCCGGACUUCACUGCGGCAGAAUCGCCCCUGGACCCAAUCACGGAGGAGGAUGAGAAGCAGGACCCCCACGGCUCCUCCCGGACCCUGCUUGGGCGCAAGGCGUCCGGGUCCAGUGACAGGGGCAGCGGCCUGUUCCAGGGCGCCGCAGACCUCAAGAUGAAGGCCGCCGGCGGUCUGCGCUACCAGAAGCUGACCAGCGACGACGAGGACUCUGAGAACUCCGACGCUCCGCUGCUGGGCGACGGGAAGAAGCCGGGCGAGCCCAGAGCGUCCUCCGGGACCGGAACCCUGGUCCUGGCUAAGGGGAAGGAGUACCUGUCCGACGCCCUGCUGGAUAAGAAGGACUCGUCCGACUCCGGCGUGCGCUCCAACGAGAGCUCGCCCAACCAUUCCCUUCAGGACGAGGAGGCCGACCUGUCCCAGCUGGAGAGGGCCAACCUGAUCGAGCUGGACCGGGAUGACAGCCAGGGCGUGGCGGCCAGGAAGAGGGGGCUGCCCAACAGUCUGAGUGGUCUCCAGGACCCGAACGUGACUCGCAUGUCCAUCUGUUCCGAAGACCGCUUCAGCCUGCUGGCGAGCAGCCCCGAAGAGAGCUGGCCCGCGUCCAAGAGCUACAACCUCAACCGCACGCCCAGCAACACCACCCUCAACAACAACACCAACGUUCAGCACCAGCGCACCGGACAGAGGGCCCCGGUCGGCUCCACCGACACCACCUGCUCCACCCCCACCUCCUCGUCCAUCAGCGAGGUCAUCCUCUCCCCGGGGUCGACCACGAGGCCCGGGCCGCACAACGAGAAUGUCCGCGUGGUGCACCUGAAGAGGGGGCUGAACCCCGGGGACCCCCCGGAGAUCACAACCGUGUCGUCUGACACGGUCACCUUCGGAGAGGAGCGUGAGAGCAUCCUGUGAGGCCCGACAGCCUCGCCGUGCCCCACGAGGAAGGGACACCCCCUCAGAGGGAACUCCAGCAAGAUGGGCAGAUCGUUCACGUCUGAAAAUGCAUGCGCUGCUGAGUAACGUAGUUAGGCUAAAUGUGUAGAUAGAUGACGAUGUGAGAAUCAGAUGGUCCUUGGUGCGAACUGAGAAGCUGGGUCGUGCUACCUCACACUCCUACAGUAGAGUGAAACGGAAUGAGAGCGCCAAGGUCUCGUAAGUUGUAUUGUGUAUUCGCGUUGUCUUGAAGUCAAGUGAAGUGACCCCUACUAACAGUCUUAAUGGUGACUUGUGGAACUGACGGUAGCUAGUUUUUUACAGUGUAAUUAAACACUAACGACACACCGUGACUGACGGACAGCUGUCUAGAAGUCGUCUUGCACUAGAACAAGCAUGAUAGCCUGAGUGUCCAUUCGUUUGUGCAAUCCCAUCAUCUCCUUGUCAUUGGUUUCACAAUGAGUAAUGGACUUGGCCAGAGAACAGGCAGAUCUUGGACCAGGCUACAACCAUUUGCCUCAACAGUAUUUAUGUUAGUAGCUUCUGUCUGUGUCUGCUAGUGAUUUAUUGAGCUUGUAGGUUGGUAGAAUAGAAGAUUGUGUAUGUAUGCGCAUGCGUGUGUGUGUGUGUGUGUUUGUGAGAGGCUAAAUGCAGAUGAACAUGUGAGCCAAAUGAACAAAAUUGUGUGUAGGAUUUGUCUUUGUCCUGUGGCAGUAAAUGUCAUGGAGGAGAGUCAACUCAACAGUCCUGCUCAUUUCAGCAGACCCAGGGCUUUUAGCUAAGGCUUAUUUUAACAAUAUGAGCCCUAUGUGUUGUGAGUACACUUCAAUGGAAUAGUAUGCCGUUUGGAAUACAAUUCUCCCUCCAUUUAGGGUAAAAGGGAUGGACGUUGACUCUUAGAUGUGGUAUUAAUAGCGUUUAAACUAAGAAAGACUUACAUAAGAGAAGUAUCUCCAGAACAUUAUUGAUAGCAGCUAAAGUCUGCACUUGACUCUGCCGCUUGAUGUAUGGGACAGCAUGUCCUGCUUUGUAAUUAAUAUUGGUUGUAAAGUGAUUUGCUGUAUUAGUUUGUCGUGAACGGACUUCUACCACAGCACUCGUAGAAGCCAGGAAAAAACUCGUGAUUUGUGAAUCCACUGUCAAUGAAUAUAUAAACUGAAAUUAAGCAAAAUAGAAGCAUUUUACAGGCAUCGGAUUCACAAAUGGAGCCCUGAAGAUUAUUGUUGCAUGCGUAACUAACAAGCAAAAUCCACACGCAAAUUAGUUAAAAGUUCAGACAGACUGCUGUCCUGUGUUUUUGCUUGCACCUUGAUGUUGUUUAGUGUCCACCGCCUCGCCGGAGGACAAACAUGUAGAGAAAAAAAAUAACAUGAGUGAUAUUCUGUCUAUGAAAAGACGUUAGGUGCCGUCAGACCUGGUCUGACUGAAAAAUAAAAUCUGAAUGUCAGUGG